AUGGGGGGGGGGGGGGAAGAAAGAAUCCAAACCAACAACAUCACUAAGCCGUGUAGACUCAUGAAUGACACUGUGGAUUUUCCCACAGAUUAUUCUACUUCAGUUCCAGGCAAGACCAGAUGCAGCCUGUGUUCCCCAAGACUGAUUCGUUCCCCUCACUAGGUUGAUAUCCUGAGUGCAUUUCAGCACCUGCUUCCGGAGCGCCACUCCUCUCCUGCUCUGUGGAGAAGGCCCUUGUCAAGCCAGUCCAUUGGAAGCCGAGUACAAUGGAAGUGUGUCUGUCAGGCUACAUUACACCAGGACGACAGUGACGGACAGCCCCGGGGCCCAAGUCAGAGCUGUCGCUCCCCUCCCACCUUCCUCCUCCAAGAGCCUCUGCUAUGAAAAGAACUAUGUAAGCAACAGUUACCCCCAACCCUCUCUCUCUCUCUCUCUCUUGUUCACUCUCGCCCUUCCUCCUGUCUUUUUCUCUUUCCCCCUUCCUCCCUCGUCGCGCUGA